AUGCUGUUGCAGUGGAGUCUCAUCAGAAAAUCAGAAACAGCUGCGCAGAAGCGGCUGCGCAGGAACAGCUGCGCAGAAGCGGCUGCGCAGAAGCGGCUGCGCAGAAGCGGCUGCGCAGAAGCGGCUGCGCACAAGCGGCUGCGCACAAGCGGCUGCGCAGAAGCGGCUGCGCAGAAGCGGCUGCGCAGAAGCGGCUGCGCAGAAGCGGCUGCGCAGAAGCGGCUGCGCAGAAGCGGCUGCGCAGAAACGGCUGCGCAGAAACGGCUGCGCAGAAACGGCUGCGCAGAAACGGCUGCGCAGAAACGGCUGCGCAGAAACGGCUGCGCAGAAGCGGCUGCGCAGAAGCGGCUGCGCAGAAGCGGCUGCGCAGAAGCGGCUGCGCACAAGCGGCUGCGCAGAAGCGGCUGCGCAGAAGCGGCUGCGCAGAAGCGGCUGCGCAGAAGCGGCUGCGCAGAAGCGGCUGCGCAGAAGCGGCUGCGCAGAAGCGGCAGCGCAGAAGCGGCUGCGCAGAAGCGGCUGCGCAGAAGCGGCUGCGCAGAAACGGCUGCGCAGAAACAGCUGCGCAGGAACAGCUGCGCAGGAACAGCUGCGCAGGAACAGCUGCGCAGAAACAGCUGCGCAGGAACAGCUGCGCAGGAACAGCUGCGCAGGAACAGCUGCGCAGGAACAGUUGCGCAGGAACAGCUGCGCAGGAACAGCUGCGCAGGAACAGCUGCGCAGGAACAGCUGCGCAGGAACAGCUGCGCAGGUACAGCUGCGCAGAAACAGCUGCGCAGAAACAGCUGCGCAGGAACAGCUGCGCAGGAACAGCUGCGCAAGAACAGCUGCGCAGGUACAGCUGCGCAGGAGCAGCUGCGCAGGAACAACUGCGCAGAAACAACUGCGCAGAAACAGCUGCGCUGGAACAGCUGCGCAGAAACAGCUGCGCAGAAACAGCUGCGCAGAAACAGCUUCGCAGAAACAGCUGCGCAGAAACAGCUGCGCAGAAACAGCUGCGCAGGAACAGCUGCGCAGGAACAGCUGCGCAGAAACAGCUGCGCAGAAACAGCUGCGCAGAAACAGCUGCGCAGGAACAGCUGCGCAGAAACAGCUGCGCAGAAACAGCUGCGCAGAAACAGCUGCGCAGAAACAGCUGCGCAGAAACAGCUGCGCAGAAACAGCUGCGCAGAAACAGCUGCGCAGAAACAGCUGCGCAGAAACAGCUGCGCAGAAACAGCUGCGCAGAAACAGCUGCGCAGGAGCAGCUGCGCAGGAACAGCUGCGCAGGAACAGCUGCGCAGGAACAGGUGCGCAGGAACAGGUGCGCAGGAACAGGUGCGGAGGAACAGGUGCGCAGGAACAGCUGCGCAGGAACAGGUGCGCAGGAGCAGGUGCGCAGGAACAGCUGCGCAGGAACAGCUGCGCAGGAACAGCUGCGCAGGAACAGCUGCGCAGGAACAGGUGCGCAGGAACAGCUGCGCAGAAACAGCUGCGCAGAAACAGCUGCGCAGAAACAGCUGCGCAGAAACAGCUGUGCAGAAACAGCUGCGCAGAAACAGCUGCGCAGAAACAGCUGCGCAGAAACAGCUCCGCAGAAACAGCUGCGCAGAGACAGCUGCGCAGAGACAGCUGCGCAGAUACAGCUGCGCAGAAACGGCUGCGCAGAAACGGCUGCGCAGAAACGGCUGCGCAGAAACGGCUGCGCAGAAACGGCUGCGCAGAAGCGGCUGCGCAGAAGCGGCUGCGCAGAAGCGGCUGCGCAGAAGCGGCUGCGCACAAGCGGCUGCGCAGAAGCGGCUGCGCAGAAGCGGCUGCGCAGAAGCGGCUGCGCAGAAGCGGCUGCGCAGAAGCGGCUGCGCAGAAGCGGCUGCGCAGAAGCGGCAGCGCAGAAGCGGCUGCGCAGAAGCGGCUGCGCAGAAGCGGCUGCGCAGAAACGGCUGCGCAGAAACAGCUGCGCAGGAACAGCUGCGCAGGAACAGCUGCGCAGGAACAGCUGCGCAGAAACAGCUGCGCAGGAACAGCUGCGCAGGAACAGCUGCGCAGGAACAGCUGCGCAGGAACAGUUGCGCAGGAACAGCUGCGCAGGAACAGCUGCGCAGGAACAGCUGCGCAGGAACAGCUGCGCAGGAACAGCUGCGCAGGUACAGCUGCGCAGAAACAGCUGCGCAGAAACAGCUGCGCAGGAACAGCUGCGCAGGAACAGCUGCGCAAGAACAGCUGCGCAGGUACAGCUGCGCAGGAGCAGCUGCGCAGGAACAACUGCGCAGAAACAACUGCGCAGAAACAGCUGCGCUGGAACAGCUGCGCAGAAACAGCUGCGCAGAAACAGCUGCGCAGAAACAGCUUCGCAGAAACAGCUGCGCAGAAACAGCUGCGCAGAAACAGCUGCGCAGGAACAGCUGCGCAGGAACAGCUGCGCAGAAACAGCUGCGCAGAAACAGCUGCGCAGAAACAGCUGCGCAGGAACAGCUGCGCAGAAACAGCUGCGCAGAAACAGCUGCGCAGAAACAGCUGCGCAGAAACAGCUGCGCAGAAACAGCUGCGCAGAAACAGCUGCGCAGAAACAGCUGCGCAGAAACAGCUGCGCAGAAACAGCUGCGCAGAAACAGCUGCGCAGAAACAGCUGCGCAGGAGCAGCUGCGCAGGAACAGCUGCGCAGGAACAGCUGCGCAGGAACAGGUGCGCAGGAACAGGUGCGCAGGAACAGGUGCGGAGGAACAGGUGCGCAGGAACAGCUGCGCAGGAACAGGUGCGCAGGAGCAGGUGCGCAGGAACAGCUGCGCAGGAACAGCUGCGCAGGAACAGCUGCGCAGGAACAGCUGCGCAGGAACAGGUGCGCAGGAACAGCUGCGCAGAAACAGCUGCGCAGAAACAGCUGCGCAGAAACAGCUGCGCAGAAACAGCUGCGCAGAAACAGCUGCGCAGAAACAGCUGCGCAGAAACAGCUCCGCAGAAACAGCUGCGCAGAGACAGCUGCGCAGAGACAGCUGCGCAGAUACAGCUGCGCAGAAACAGCUGCGCAGAAACAGCAGCGCAGAAACAGCUGCGCAGAAACAGCUGCGCAGAAACAGCUGCGCAGAAACAGCUGCGCAGAAACAGCUGCGCAGAAACAGCUGCGCAGAAACAGAUGCGAAGAAACAGCUGCGCAGAAACAGCUGCGCAGAAACAGCUGCGCAGAAACAGCGGCGCAGAAACAGCGGCGCAGAAACAGCUGCGCAGGAACAGCUGCGCAGAAACAGCUGCGCAGAAACAGCUGCGCAGGAACAGCUGCGCAGGAACAGCUGCGCAGAAACAGCUGCGCAGAAACAGCUGCGCAGAAACAGCUGCGCAGGAACAGCUGCGCAGGAACAGCUGCGCAGAAACAGCUGUGCAGAAACAGCUGCGCAGAAACAGCUGCGCAGGAACAGCUACGCAGAAACAGCUGCGCAGAAACAGCUGCGCAGAAACAGCUGCGCAGAAACAGCUGCGCAGAAACAGCUGCGCAGAAACAGCUGCGCAGAAACAGCUGCGCAGAGACAGCUGCGCAGAAACAGCUGCGCAGAGACAGCUGCGCAGAAACAGCUGCGCAGAAACAGCUGCGCAGAAACAGCUGCGCAGAAACAGCUGCGCAGAAACAGCUGCGCAGAAACAGCUGCGCAGAAACAGCUGCGCAGAAACAGCGGCGCAGAUACAGCGGCGCAGAAACAGCGUGAAGUCUCAUCAGAAAAUCAGAAACAGCUGCGCGGAGACGGCUGCGCAGAAGCGGCUGCGCGGAAGCGGCUGCGCGGAAACGGCUGCGCGGAAACGGCUGCGCGGAAACGGCUGCGCGAGAACAGCUGCGCGAGAACAGGUGCGCGGGAACAGGUGCGCGGGAACAGCUGCGCAGGAACAGCUGCGCAGGAACAGCUGCGCAGGAACAGGUGCGCAAAAACAGGUGCGCAAAAACAGGUGCGCAGGAACAGCUGCGCAGGAACAGCUGCGCAGGAACAGCUGCGCAGGAACAGCUGCGCAGGAACAGCUGCGCAGAAACAGCUGCGCAGGAACAGCUGCGCAGGAACAGCUGCGCAGAAACAGCUGCGCAGAAACAGCUGCGCAGAAACAGCUGCGCAGAAACAGCUGCGCAGAAACAGCUUCGCAGAAACAGCUGCGCAGGAACAGCAGCGCAGGAACGGCUGCGCAGAAACGGCUGCGCAGAAACGGCUGCGCAGAAACGGCUGCGCAGAAACGGCUGCGCAGAAACGGCUGCGCAGAAACGGCUGCGCAGAAACGGCUGCGCGGAAGCGGCUGCGCGGAAGCGGCUGCGCGGAAACGGCUGCGCGGAAACGGCUGCGCGGAAACGGCUGCGCGAGAACAGCUGCGCGAGAACAGGUGCGCGGGAACAGCUGCGCGGGAACAGCUGCGCGGGAACAGCUGCGCAGGAACAGCUGCGCAGGAACAGGUGCGCAGGAACAGGUGCGCAGGAACAGGUGCGCAGGAACAGCUGCGCAGGAACAGCUGCGCAGGAACAGCUGCGCAGGAACAGCUGCGCAGGAACAGCUGCGCAGAAACAGCUGCGCAGAAACAGCUGCGCAGAAACAGCUGCGCAGAAACGGCUUCGCAGAAACGGCUGCGCUGGAACGGCUGCGCAGAAACGGCUGCGCAGAAACGGCUGCGCAGAAACGGCUGCGCAGAAACGGCUGCGCAGAAACGGCUGCGCAGAAACGGCUGCGCAGAAACGGCUGCGCAGAAAAGGCUGCGCAGAAACGGCUGCGCAGAAACAGCUGCGCAGAAACAGCUGCGCAGAAGCAGCUGCGCAGAAGCAGCUGCGCAGAAGCAGCUGCGCAGAAGCAGCUGCGCAGAAGCAGCUGCGCAGAAGCAGCUGCGCAGAAGCAGCUGCGCAGAAACAGCUGCGCAGAAACAGCUGCGCAGAUACAGCUGCGCAGAUACAGCUGCGCAGAAACAGCUGCGCAGAAACAGCUGCGCAGGAACAGCUGCGCAGGAACAGCUGCGCAGGAACAGCUGCGCAGGAACAGCUGCGCAGGAACAGCUGCGCAGGAACAGCUGCGCAGGAACAGCUGCGCAGGAACAGCUGCGCAGGAACAGCUGCGCAGGUACAGCUGCGCAGGAACAGCUGCGCAGGAACAGCUGCGCAGAAACAGCUGCGCAGGAACAGCUGCGCAGGAACAGCUGCGCAGGAACAGCUGCGCAGGAACAGCUGCGCAGGUACAGCUGCGCAGGAACAGCUGCGCAGGAACAGCUGCGCAGGAACAGCUGCGCAGGAACAGCUGCGCAGAAACAGCUGCGCAGGAACAGCUGCGCAGAAACAGCUGCGCAGGAACAGCUGCGCAGAAACAGCUGCGCAGGAACAGCAGCGCAGGAACAGCUGCGCAGGAACAGCUGCGCAGGAACAGCUGCGCAGGAACAGCUGCGCAGGAACAGCUGCGCAGGAACAGCUGCGCAGAAACAGCUGCGCAGAAACAGCUGCGCAGGAACAGCUGCGCAGAAACAGCUGCGCAGAAACAGCUGCGCAGGAACAGCUGCGCAGAAACAGCUGCGCAGAAACAGCUGCGCAGGAACAGCUGCGCAGGAACAGCUGCGCAGGAACAGCUGCGCAGGAACAGCUGCGCAGAAACAGCUGCGCAGGAACAGCUGCGCAGAAACAGCUGCGCAGAAACAGCUGCGCAGAAACAGCUGCGCAGAAACAGCUUCGCAGAAACAGCUGCGCAGGAACAGCUGCGCAGAAACAGCUGCGCAGAAACAGCUGCGCAGGAACAGCUGCGCAGAAAAAGCUGCGCAGAAACAGCUGCGCAGAAACAGCUGCGCAGGAACAGCUGCGCAGAAACAGCUGCGCAGGAACAGCUGCGCAGAAACAGCUGCGCAGAAGCAGCUGCGCAGAAGCAGCUGCGCAGAAGCAGCUGCGCAGAAGCAGCUGCGCAGAAGCAGCUGCGCAGAAACAGCUGCGCAGAAACAGCUGCGCAGAUACAGCUGCGCAGAUACAGCUGCGCUGAAACAGCUGCGCAGAAACAGCUGCGCAGAAACAGCUGCGCAGAAACAGCUGCGCAGGAACAGCUGCGCAGGAACAGCUGCGCAGGAACAGCUGCGCAGGAACAGCUGCACAGGAACAGCUGCGCAGGAACAGCUGCGCAGAAACAGCUGCGCAGAAACAGCUGCGCAGAAACAGCGGCGCAGAAACAGCGGAUCUCUAGACCACGCGCGCGUACGGAGUUCGUCACCCAUGCUGUUGCAGUGAAGUCUCAUCAGAAAAUCAGAAACAGCUGCGCAGAAGCGGCUGCGCAGAAGCGGCUGCGCAGAAGCGGCUGCGCAGAAGCGGCUGCGCAGAAGCGGCUGCGCAGAAGCGGCUGCGCAGAAGCGGCUGCGCAGAAGCGGCUGCGCAGAAGCGGCUGCGCAGAAGCGGCUGCGCAGAAGCGGCUGCGCAGAAGCGGCUGCGCAGAAGCGGCUGCGCAGAAGCGGCUGCGCAGAAACGGCUGCGCAGAAACGGCUGCGCAGAAACGGCUGCGCAGAAACGGCUGCGCAGAAACGGCUGCGCAGAAACGGCUGCGCAGAUACGGCUGCGCAGAAACGGCUGCGCAGAAGCGGCUGCGCAGAAGCGGCUGCGCAGAAGCGGCUGCGCAGAAGCGGCUGCGCACAAGCGGCUGCGCAGAAGCGGCUGCGCAGAAGCGGCUGCGCAGAAGCGGCUGCGCAGAAGCGGCUGCGCAGAAGCGGCGGCGCAGAAGCGGCUGCGCAGAAGCGGCUGCGCAGAAGCGGCUGCGCAGAAGCGGCUGCGCAGAAGCGGCUGCGCAGAAGCGGCUGCUCAGAAGCGGCUGCGCAGAAGCGGCUGCGCAGAAGCGGCUGCGCAGAAGCGGCUGCGCAGAAACGGCUGCGCAGAAACGGCUGCGCAGAAACGGCUGCGCAGAAACGGCUGCGCAGCAGCAGCUGCGCAGAAGCAGCUGCGCAGAAGCAGCUGCGCAGAAACAGCUGCGCAGAUGCAGCUGCGCAGAAACAGCUGCGCAGAAACAGCUGCGCAGAAGCGGCUGCGCAGAAGCGGCUGCGCAGAAGCGGCUGCGCAGAAGCGGCUGCGCAGAAGCGGCUGCGCAGAAGCGGCUGCGCAGAAGCGGCUGCACGGAAGCGGCUGCGCGGAAGCGGCUGCGCGGAAACGGCUGCGCAGAAGCGGCUGCGCAGAAGCGGCUGCGCAGAAGCGGCUGCGCAGAAGCGGCUGCGCAGAAACGGCUGCGCAGAAACGGCUGCGCAGAAACGGCUGCGCAGAAACGGCUGCGCAGAAACGGCUGCGCAGAAACGUAUGCGCAGAAACGGCUGCGCAGAAACGGCUGCGCAGAAACGGCUGCGCAGAAACGGCUGCGCAGAAACGGCUGCGCAGAAACGGCUGCGCAGAAACGGCUGCGCAGAAACGGCUGCGCAGAAACGGCUGCGCAGAAACGGCUGCGCAGAAACGGCUGCGCAGAAACGGCUGCGCAGAAACGGCUGCGCAGAAACAGCUGCGCAGAAACAGCUGCGCAGAAACAGCUGCGCAGAAACAGCUGCGCAGAAACAGCUGCGCAGAAACAGCUGCGCAGAAGCAGCUGCGCAGAAGCAGCUGCGCAGAAACAGCUGCGCAGAAACAGCUGCGCAGAAACAGCUGCGCAGAAACAGGGCGCAGAAACAGCUGCGCAGAAACAGCUGCGCAGAAACAGCUGCGCAGAUACAGCUGCGCAGAUACAGCUGCGCAGAUACAGCUGCGCAGAAACAGCUGCGCAGAUACAGCUGCGCAGAAAGAGCUGCGCAGAAACAGCUGCGCAGAAACAGCUGCGCAGAAACAGCUGCGCAGAAACAGCUGCACAGAAACAGCUGCGCAGGAACAGCUGCGCAGAAACAGCUGCGCAGAAACAGCUGCGCAGGAACAGCUGCGCAGGAACAGCUGCGCAGAAACAGGUGCGCAGAAACAGCUGCGCAGAAACAGCUGCGCAGGAACAGCUGCGCAGGAACAGCUGCGCAGGAACAGCUGCGCAGGAACAGCUGCGCAGAAACAGCUGCGCAGGAACAGCUGCGCAGGAACAGCUGCGCAGGAACAGCUGCGCAGCAACAGCUGCGCAGAAACAGCUGCGCAGAAACAGCUGCGCAGAAACAGCUGCAGAAACAGCUGCGCAGAAACAGCGGCGCAGAAACAGCGGCGCAGAAACAGCGGCGCAGAAACACUCUAUAGCCUCCGGUUACAGGAGCAAACGGCUGCGCAGGAACGGCUGCGCAGGAACAGCUGCGCAUAAGCGGCUGCGCAGAAGCGGCUGCGCAGAAGCGGCUGCGCAGAAGCGGCUGCGCAGAAGCGGCUGCGCAGAAGCGGCUGCGCAGAAGCGGCUGCGCAGAAGCGGCUGCGCAGAAGCGGCUGCGCAGAAGCGGCUGCGCAGAAGCGGCUGCGCAGAAGCGGCUGCGCAGAAGCGGCUGCGCAGAAGCGGCUGCGCAGAAGCGGCUGCGCAGAAGCGGCUGCGCAGUAGCGGCUGCGCAAAGCGGCUGCGCAGAAGCGGCUGCGCAGAAGCGGCUGCGCAGAAGCGGCUGCGCAGAAGCGGCUGCGCAGAAGCGGCUGCGCAGAAGCGGCUGCGCAGAAACGGCUGCGCAGAAACGGCUGCGCAGAAACGGCUGCGCAGAAACGGCUGCGCAGAAACGGCUGCGCAGAUACGGCUGCGCAGGAACGGCUGCGCAGGAACGGCUGCGCAGGAACGGCUGCGCAGGAACGGCUGCGCAGGAACGGCUGCGCAGGAACGGCUGCGCAGGAACGGCUUCGCAGGAACGGCUGCGCAGAAGCGGCUGCGCAGAAGCGGCUGCGCAGAAGCGGCUGCGCAGAAGCGGCUGCGCAGAAGCGGCUGCGCAGAAGCGGCUGCGCAGAAGCGGCUGCGCAGAAGCGGCUGCGCAGAAGCGGCUGCGCAGAAGCGGCUGCGCAGAAGCGGCUGCGCAGAAGCGGCUGCGCAGAAGCGGCUGCGCAGAAACGGCUGCGCAGAAACGGCUGCGCAGAAACGGCUGCGCAGAAACGGCUGCGCAGAAACGGCUGCGCAGAAACGGCUGCGCAGAAACGGCUGCGCAGAAACGGCUGCGCAGAAACGACUGCGCAGAAACAGCUGCGCAGAAGCAGCUGCGCAGAAGCAGCUGCGCAGAAUCAGCUGCGCAGAAGCAGCUGCGCAGAAGCAGCUGCGCAGAAGCAGCUGCGCAGAAGCAGCUGCGCAGAAACAGCUGCGCAGAAACAGCUGCGCAGAUACAGCUGCGCAGAUACAGCUGCGCAGAUACAGCUGCGCAGAAACGGCUGCGCAGAAACGGCUGCGGAGAAACGGCUGCGCAGAAACGGCUGCGCAGAAACGUAUGCGCAGAAACGGCUGCGCAGAAACGGCUGCGCAGAAACGGCUGCGCAGAAACGGCUGCGCAGAAACGGCUGCGCAGAAACGGCUGCGCAGAAACGGCUGCGCAGAAACGGCUGCGCAGAAACGGCUGCGCAGAAACGGCUGCGCAGAAACGGCUGCGCAGAAACGGCUGCGCAGAAACAGCUGCGCAGAAACAGCUGCGCAGAAACAGCUGCGCAGAAACAGCUGCGCAGAAACAGCUGCGCAGAAGCAGCUGCGCAGAAACAGCUGCGCAGAAGCAGCUGCGCAGAAACAGCUGCGCAGAAACAGCUGCGCAGAAACAGCUGCGCAGAAACAGUGCGCAGAAACAGCUGCGCAGAAACAGCUGCGCAGAAACAGCUGCGCAGAAACAGCUGCGCAGAUACAGCUGCGCAGAUACAGCUGCGCAGAAACAGCUGCGCAGAAACAGCUGCGCAGAUACAGCUGCGCAGAUACAGCUGCGCAGAAACAGCUGCGCAGAAACAGCUGCGCAGAAACAGCUGCGCAGAAACAGCUGCGCAGAAACAGCUGCGCAGGAACAGCUGCACAGAAACAGCUGCGCAGAAACAGCUGCGCAGAAACAGCUGCGCAGGAACAGCUGCGCAGGAACAGCUGCGCAGAAACAGCUGCGCAGGAACAGCUGCGCAGGAACAGCUACGCAGGAACAGCUGCGCAGGAACAGCUGCGCAGGAACAGCUGCACAGGAACAGCUGCGCAGGAACAGCUGCGCAGGAACAGCUGCGCAGGAACAGCUGCGCAGGAACAGCUGCGCAGAAACAGCUGCGCAGAAACAGCGGCGCAGAAACAGCGGCGCAGAAACACUCUAUAG